UUCUCCCCCGCCCCCCCUCCGCCCCCGCAGACAGAGGACCUGGUCGUCAAGAACGACGAGGAGUUGCCGCCGCUGCGCAACCCCGACAUUCUCAUCGGCGAGAACGACCUCACGUCCCUGUCGUACCUGCACGAGCCCGCCGUGCUCUACAACCUGCAAGUGCGCUUCUGCAACCAGAAUGCCAUCUACACGUACUGCGGUAUCGUCCUGGUGGCCAUCAACCCGUACGAGGAGAUGCCCAUCUACGGCCCCGACACCAUCUCGGCGUACCGGGGCCACUCCAUGGGCGACCUGGACCCCCACAUCUUCGCCGUGGCUGAGGAGGCCUUCACGCAGAUGGAGAGAGAGAACAAAGACCAGAGUAUUAUCGUCUCAGGAGAGUCAGGUGCUGGGAAGACCGUGUCGGCCAAAUAUGCCAUGAGGUACUUCGCCACCAUCAGCGGGUCAGAUUCGGAGACACAGAUUGAGAAAAAGAUCCUGGCGUCGAAUCCUAUCAUGGAAGCCAUUGGUAAUGCCAAGACAACGAGAAAUGACAACAGUUCUCGCUUCGGAAAGUACAUCGAGCUGGACUUCACCCCCGGCUACAGUAUCAUGGGUGCCAACAUGCGAACUUACCUCUUGGAGAAAUCCCGCGUUGUCUUCCAGGCUCCAGAUGAGAGAAAUUACCACAUAUUCUACCAGUUGUGUUCUGCUGCAGAGCAAGGAAAGCUGCCUCAUCUAAAAUUAAGGAAGCCGGGGAGGUUUCACUACCUGAACCAGGGGCUUCAAGGAGAGGCCUUGGCGGCGCCCAAACCUCGCAAGGGUCAUCAAGACAACUUCCACUACCUCAAGCAAGGCUGCAGCCCGCACAUUGAUGGGGUGGAUGACGCCGAGGACUUUAUUGAGACGUGUAGGGCAUUCAACCUUCUGGGCAUCAACGAAGGGAUGCAGGAACAGAUCUUCAGAAUAUUGGCUGGUAUUCUACAUCUGGGGAACGUGGUGCUGGAAGAGGGCAACGGAGAUUCGUCAGCCAUCAGUGCGGGAGACAAGUCGCUCCAAACUGUUUCGGAAUUGCUAGGCAUUGACUUGGAGGACAUCCGGAAAUGGCUCUGCAACAGGAAAAUUGUUAGUGGGAGAGAAGUCUUCACCAAGCCAAUGAUGUUGACUGAGGCUGUUUUCUCAAGAGAUGCAUUAUCAAAGCACAUUUAUGCCAAGUUGUUUGACUGGAUUGUCACUCAGAUCAACAAGUGUUUUGCAGCUAAAGCUAAACCAUAUAGAUUUAUCGGAGUUCUUGAUAUCUAUGGUUUUGAAACAUUCGAGAUUAACAGCUUUGAGCAGUUUUGCAUCAACUAUGCCAAUGAAAAACUGCAGCAACAGUUCAAUCAGCACGUGUUCAAGCUCGAGCAAGAGGAGUACGUGAAGGAGCAGAUUGAGUGGGAGUUCAUCAACUUUUAUGACAAUCAGCCGUGCAUUGACCUCAUCGAGAGCAAGCUAGGCAUCCUGGACUUGCUGGAUGAAGAGUGCAGAAUGCCCAAGGGGUCGGACCAGUCCUGGGUAGAGAAGCUCUAUGACAAGUGCAAGAAGUGGGAGCACUUCAGCAAGCCUAGGUUGUCCAACACUUCGUUCCUCAUUGCUCACUUCGCAGACAAGGUCGGCUACGAGUGUGCAGGAUUCCUGGAGAAGAACAGAGAUACUGUCUCUGAGGAACAGAUCAAUAUUCUCAAGUCUAGUCAGAUUGCUUUAGUUCAUUCUCUGUUCACGGAGAAGGAAAAGGGAGCCCCUCCUACCAAAGUGAAGGUCCUGCCCACUGGGUCAAAGUCCAAACAAAUGAAGAAAACUGUUGGGUCUCAGUUCCGUGACUCCCUGAACCUGUUGAUGAUGACGCUUAACUCAACGACGCCACACUAUGUGCGGUGCAUUAAACCAAACGAUGAUAAGAUGGCUUUCACAUUUGACCCAACACGAGCCAUCCAGCAGCUAAGGGCUUGUGGUGUCCUGGAGACAGUGAGAAUUAGUGCCGCAGGUUAUCCCUCACGAUGGACUUAUCAUGAAUUCUUCUGUCGGUAUCGUGUCCUAUGUAAUUCCAAAGACAUUAAGAGGAAUGAUAUGCGUCUAACCUGUGAAAAGAUCAUCAGCAACAUGAUCAAUGACGAAGACAAGUUCAAAUUUGGCCGCACGAAGAUCUUCUUCCGGGCCGGCCAGGUGGCCUACAUGGAGAAGCUCCGUGCAGACCGCCUGUCAGCGUGUGGCGUCAUGAUCCAGAAGCACGUUCGGAUGUUCCUCCACCGCAACCGCUACAGGACCAUGCGCAGGGCAGCUGUCACCAUCCAGAAAUACACCAGAGGGCUCAAGGCACGAAGACAUGUGCAUCACAUCCGAAGAACUGCAGCAGCUAUCAAGAUUCAGGCAGCUAUUCGAGGAUGGGUCAAGCGGGUACAGUACAAGAGGCUGGUUUACACAGUCACCCAGCUGCAGGCACAUGCGAGAGGUGCUUGGGCUAGGGAGAGAUACCAGCAUAUGCGUAGAGUCAAAGCUGCUAUUGUUAUACAGAAGAAUGUGCGAAAGUGGCAGGCUGUCCACCACUACAAAAUGGCCAUGGGAGGCAUCAUCACCUUGCAGGGUCUGGUCCGUUGCUUCCUUGCCAAGAAACAACUGAAGAAGCUGAAGAUCGAAGCCAGAUCGGUGGAGCACCAGAGGAAGCUCAACAAGGGUCUCGAAAACAAAAUUAUCUCUCUGCAGCAAAAGCUCACAGAGGCUAAACUGGAAGUGGGCAACGUCAAGACAUACAAAGAGGAGAUUGUUACCCUGAAGGAGCAGCUGUCAGAGAUGAAGGGAGUGGAGACACAGCUGAAGAAUUCCAGUAACCGUGUCAGCGAACUCGAGGCGAUGGUAGCUAAGUUGACGCAGGAGGUUGAGGCGGAGAGAGGUGAGAAGAUGGACAUGCUGUCUGAGAAGGAGAGAGCGGAGAAGGAGAACCGCGAAUUAGUCGAGAAGCUCAAUGCAGAAAAUGCCAAGCUUACUGAGGAAUUGACGAAUGCCAAGAAGGAAGAAGCCAAGAAAGAAGGGGAAGAGCUGCUGAAACGCAAGUAUGAGGCUGAGAAGCAGCAAAUGAUCAUGGAGUACUCUGAAGAGAAGUCCUCAUACCAGCGGCUGUUGAAGGAGUUCAACCGCCUGGAGCAGAAGAACGAACAGCUGGAGGAACAGAUGGCAAAAAUGAUGGGUGGCAACUCGCACAAGAGAACAGCCAGUAAUGUGAGCAACUUGAGUGGGGCAAGUGAUGCGCCAACAGAAUUGGUGCGUGAUGACGCCUCAGAAUUCAACUCAAUCAUAGUCGAUGAUGAUGUGGGAUAUGGCUCAGUCCGCAGUCGAGCAAGCGAAGCAUCUGACAACAGCAGAAACCUUGAGUCGAUUGAUUGGGGUUCACCUCAGAAGGGUGACACUUCAGAAAUUAGGAUUCCUGUGCCAGAAAAGGUGGAGGACAUCACCCUGGUUCUACAACUGCAAAACAAAGUGCGUGAGUUAGAAAAGGAGCGGCGGACAAUGGCUAAGCGCAUAGACCAGCUAGAGAGCUCGUCCUCGCCCCUGGACGACUCGCAGCAUGCACAGGAGUUGAUACGGCUUCAGGAGUUGGAGAUGGAGAACGCCAAGCUGAAGGACGACUUGAACCGCCUCCGUAAAUCCAUUGCCGACUCGGAGCCUCAGAACAACCGCAUCCAGGAGUUCAUGAGUGAGUGUUGGAGUUGACCUUUGUUCUUUUUG